GGAAGUGUUUGAAUCCGGCUUCACGCUGCUUGUUCGCUUUAGCCGACUGGAAGCAGUGCAUUGCGUUCACAUGAAAAAUGGCUUCGUCCUUUUGGAAAGGCGUUGUUGGUUUAGGACUGUUCGCUUUGGCCCAUGCAGCUUUUUCGGCGGCGCAGCAUCGAUCAUACAUGCGGCUGACAGAAAAGGAAAAUGAAACUCUUCCAAUAGAUAUAGUAUUACAGACGUUGUUAGCAUUUGUGGUUACAUGUUGUGGAAUAGUCCACAUCUCGGGUGAGUUUAAAGACAUGGACGCAUCUUCAGAGCUUAAACACAAAACAUUUGACACAUUGAGAAACCACCCGUCUUUCUACCUGUUCAAUCAUCGAGGCAGGGUGCUUUUCAGCUCCGAGCCAGAGGCUCCCACUGUAACUCCUCAGGCUUUGCCGUCCAAUCCGCUGAGGUUACGCAAGCUGGAGAACUUUCACUGAGACUAGCCUUGAAAGGGGUUUCCCUUGCCUGUUUUGCCGUCUUUUUCUUCCUCUGCAUCAGUAAUCUCCUCGGUUGGAAUGGGCACACUCUGUGCAUACGUCAAUAUGCUGUACAAAUCUGCAUCUCAGCGUGGUUACUAUUUUGAAGUCUAUGGACUGUGCCAAUUCCUCAUUCUUAUUUUUUUCCAAACUCAUACAUUUGUCUUAAAACGUCAGAAAGAUACACUGUACUCAAUCAGGUGGCACACAGAGAAGGGAGAAGCCAUCCUCCUCCUUUUCCUACUCUUCCUGUUUCAUGAUGAGCCCUAAUCCCAUCUCUUAUCCUGUUCAGUUUGCCACAUUACCUACUGUGCUGCCAUGUUUAACUGAGGUUUUUUCUUCCCCACAUCCUUUUUAAAGGAUGUAACUACUAUGGACCAUUAAUUUUACUUAUGUUAAGAUAUACUAUUUAUGACUGACGGACUACAACAUAGAUUUUGGUAUGCAAAUAAUGCUAAGGUUAGUGUAAUUACUAAAUUGAUGCCUGGUCUGGGAAAUGAGAAAUAAAGACGUCUAAUAAUGCUAACAAUACUGUGAACGCGCUGUGGAAAAUGAAUGCUACACCACUUUUUUGUUUUUUUUGGGGGGGGGUGGCCGGGAGUAUUGUUUUUUCCCCCAUUUUAUUUUCUGUUACAGUGCAUUUGAUUAUUUUUAACAAUAAAAUCUGAGAUUUUAUUGAUGAAUUUUACUGAAGAGAUGUAUUCAUUUUCAAGUAUAACAGGACAUCUCUUCAAUGUGAUAUCUAGAAUAUAUGUAUAGAACUAAAAUGGGUGACAAGUUAAAGGAAGGUCAUUUUUUUAUAAUGGUUUAAAUACACUCAUCCCCUUAGAACUGGGGUGUCAGAACUAAGGAUAUUGAUUUUAUGCCUCUGUCACUUGAAAACAAGAUUUUCAUUAGCACAUAAUCUCAAAAGGAUGGUCGAAUGUUUAGAACAUUUUUUUUUAAUUAGCAAUUCUCAAAUUGAUCCACAGAGGGAGAAGGUCACAGCAAGAAUGAAUGUACAAAAUAGAUUUUCUUCAGUUGCUUCCUUCCUGUUUGAAGCAUCUUUCAAGGGUAUUUCUGGUCUACAAUUUAGUAAAAGGAAGAACGUGAUGGUGGUGAAAGCAUCCCAGUCAGUAUUGUUAAUGUCAAGUUCUUCAUAUUCUGUGAAUUAACACUACCAAGAUUCUUAAAAUAGAAUAGGAGAUAAGGAUAUAUUAGUGGUAACUGUUAACCUGUACGUUUUUGUAGAAAUCAUUUAUUAGUCUGAUUACAGUAUUUUAAUUUAUCUUUUUAUUUUCCAAUUAUUGAAAUAAUAGAGUUGAGAAGAACUCACACAGGCUGUAAAAAAAAAAAAAAACUCCUCAAUUUCACGUGUUUUCUCUUGUUUUUAACAUGUUUUUAGUUUUCUGCAAAUUGAAAUUUGGUGUCAAUGAGUCAUAUUAAAGGUCGAAAUCCAGUGCAUAUUUUUUGAUCAUUUUCAGGCCAUCAAAUACGGCACCCAGGCAAUGAUCUUAUCAGCCCUUCAGCCUGAGAAAUGUUAGCCCAAACAUGCUAUAAAGUGGAAUGUAUGAAACGUGGACAGUCCCCUCACUGCAGCUCUCUAAUGUUAUUUCUCAUCACCUUUUAUCCUCUAAUGAAACCUUUCUGCCCCGUUGAGAGUGCUUUCUUCCAGGGUGAUAAUUUUCCCAUCCACAGGGCAUGAGGGCUCACUGAAUGGUUUGAGAAGUAUGAAAAUAUAAUGCUAUGGCUUUCACACUCACCAGAUCUCUUCCUUGAACAAAAAUGAAAGUCCUUUGCAGUGCUCCAUACCAUCAUCAUCAACUGACCAAAUAUAUUUUAUAAGAACGGUGUUAAUGCAGAGGUGCAUUUUGGCAUAAUCCCAGUAUUUUUUUUUUUUUGUGUGUCAAACAUUUGUAUAUAAAAUCAGCCAAACUAUAUGGUUAGUUUGGCUUUUACAUAGUGACUGUGUGAGUUAAGGUGACUGUUCUGUGUAGAUGUGAAAUAAAUCUAUGAAUGAGUC